GUUUAAUUUGUUAAUUUUAAAAAGUGCCCGGGACCGGACGGCUUCAGACUAGAUUUCGGCCUCACAUGAACAGCAUGUCCCGCAUCUGCAGAUUUUCUCGCCUUUGUAAAGCCCCCUCGAUGCCGUGGCUCGCUCUUCACCUGUCACUGUGCGUGUGUAUCGCACUCCCUCCUGGAGCCGAACAGGAACAGAUGAAUGGAAUGAUUGGUUCAUCAGUGUUACUGGAUCCUAAAGUCAAAGCUGAUCCCAGCAAGCAGGAAAUAAUUUGGACGUUCAUCGCCAGGCACAGAAGCCCGCUCACGAUUUUGCAUCACAUCCCGGAUUACGGGAAGUGGGCAGAGCCCAGUGAGCAGUUCAGGUCACGUUUACAAUUUAUUCCAUCCAACGGCUCUCUGAUGAUAAAUGGAUUAAAGGUCGGGGACCAAGGAGAUUACAGCUUCAUGGCAGCUGAUCGUACACUAAAAAUAAUACAGCUGUUCCUCUUCCGUCCUCUCUCAGAAGAUCUGAUUGUCAUCAAUACCAUCUUCAUCGGUUCUGCCAUCCAGCUCACGUGUAAGGUGGAUGGGGAUCCUCUUGAGUAUCAGUGGUGGAAAAAUGGAGUCCAAGUCUGCUGUAAUGACCAGAUGAGAGAUGGCAACAGGACUCUCCUGAUCCAGAAUGAUGCAUGGCACGAGAGUGCUACGUACGUGUGUGUGGCACACAAUCCAGUCAGCUCCGUCAGGAAGGAUUACAUCCUGACAAGACCUGAUGAGGGAUUUGGUAGCAGCCUUGUAAUCUUGAACAAACACUUCACAGUGAUCGGAUGUGGACUAGUCUGGUAUCUGAUGUCCUCUGGAAUGUAGGAGUAACUAAGAAGAUUACCCAGAAUUCCAUCACUUUCCAGGGAAUUUGUUUACAGUGAAGACUUCCCACCCUGUCACUCACUGAUACUUCGAUUACCAGAAGUGUAGCGGAAACUCCAACACAUACCCUCUGUUCCUGACUGGAUUCUGCCAAUUCUGAACUGCUUUAGCCUGGAUUUUAUCAGGUUAUGCCAUGAGCUCUCAAAUACGGAAGUCCAGAACUUUUUAUCUUGUGCCUGCUGCCACAUUCCUUGUGGACUGACUGUACAGGAGCAGUAUUGGGCCAUUCAGCCCAUUGAGUCUGCUCUGCCAUUCCAUCAUGGCUGAUGUAUUAUCCUCCCUCAACCCCAAAACCUGCCUUUUCCUGUGACCUUUGACACCUUUACAAAUCAGGAAACUCAAACUCUGCUUUAAAUACACCCAAUGACUUGGCCUCCACAGUCGUCUGAGGCAAUCAGUUCCAUAGAUUCCUCACCCUCUGGCUAAGGAAACCCCUCCUCAUCUCUGCUGUAACUGAAUGCCCCCCUAUUCUGAGAUUGUGCCCUCUAGUCUUAGUCUCGCUCACUAUAGGAAACCUUCUAGUACCUUAGUUGCCCAGAGUCUCACCCAGGAUUGACCCAACCAGUUAACCAGAGAGAUCAUCAGUACUUGGAACAGUACAAAGCCAGAUGGACCAUUCGGCCUGCAAUAUUGUGUGGAUUUUGAUGCCAGUUUGUACUAAAUGUUCCCUGUGUAGCAUCCGUAUCCCUCUGUUCUCCGUUUCCCUCCAUUCUCCAUGUGUUUAUCUCAAAGCUCCCUCAACUCCACCGAACUGCCUGCUUCCACUACUGUCCCUGGUUACCCAUUCCAGGUACCUACCAGCUCCCGUGCAAAACUUGGUUAUAACUCGAGUGUGAGGAAAAAGAUGCUCUGAAAUAGGAUAAAAGAAAACAGCAGAGUAGAUUGUAAUUGUUCAAAGGCUGGGGGUGAGGAACAAAUAGUCAGAAUAUCUGGGAUUUUAAAUGAUUAUUUUAUACAUUCUAUGCAAAAAUAAUAGAAUUAACAGAUGCAGAUACACUAAGUGAGAAGGUAUGUGUUGGUGUUGAUUUUGGGUAAGUAACGUGUAAAUAUUAAAUUAAGUGUAAAUAUUAAAUUAAGUGUAAAUAUUAAAUUAAGUGUAAAUAUUAAAUUAAGUGUAGAUUGUAAAUAAAGUGUAAAUAGUAACUAAAGGUCUUGCACUGGAUCACUUUCUCACACAUUCACAGACUCAAUGAAAUCCCAGAAUCAGGUUUAUGAUCACUGGCGUACACUCAGUGUCUCUUUAUUAGUUACACAUGAUCACCCACUUAAUGCAAGUAUCUAAUCAGUCAAAGACUGUCAGCAACUCAGUGCAGAAAAUCAAUCCGGCAUGAUCAAGAGGUUCAGUUGUUCAGACCAAACAUCGAAAUGGAAAAGGAAUGUGAUCUCAAUGACUUUGACUCUGGAAUGAUUGUUGGUGCCAGAUAGGGUGGUUUGAGUAUCUCAGAUUUCUAAACUUUCACACACAACAGCCUCUAGAGUUUACAGCAUGGAGCAGACAUCCAGUGAGUGGCAGAAAAGCCUUGUCAACAUGGGAAGUCAGAGGCUCUGGUGCAGUCUCCUGUAUAUCAGUGAGAACCAAAGUAGAUUGGGAUUUGCCAAGCACUGCCUGAAAAAGAAUGGUAUCCCGAUAGCCACCCAUUUCAAUGCUACUUCCCAUUCCCAUGUGUCAGUCCAUGGCAUCCUCUACUGCCGCAAAGAGGCCACCCUCUGGUUGAAGGGAAAAAAAACCUUAUUGCCUCUGGGUAGCCUCCAACCAGAGGGUGGCCUCUCAUGAACUUCUGGUAAUUGCGCCCCUACAAUUCCCAUUCCAGUUUCUCUGCCAGACUGGUUCAAGCUGACAGGAAGGCCACUGUAACUGGAAUAACCAUGCAUUAUAACAGUGGUGUUCAGAAGAACAUCUCUGAACGUACCUUGAAGUGGAGGGACUGCAGCAGCAGAACAGCAUGCACUCAAUGGCCGCUUUAUUCAGUGCAGGGGGGAUCUGAUGGCUACUGAUUGUAUGUUGUGACAUUUGUUCUGUAGCUGCAAUAUGGUGCAAGAAAUUACUGUUAAAUAGUGCAACAGAAAUGGUGAGGUAGUGUUCAUGGACUACUUGGAGAUCUGAUGAUAGAGGGGAACACCACAGGAACAGAAUUAGGCCACUUGGCCCGUCGAGUCUUCUCUGCCAUUUCAUCAUGGCAGAUCCAAUUUUCCCCUCAGCCCCAAUCUUCUGCCUUCUCCCCAUAUCCCUCCAUGCUCUGAACAAUCAAAAAUCUAUCAACCUCUGCCUUUAAUAUACAUAAAGGCUUGGUCUCUACAGCUGCCUUUGGCGAAGAAUUCCAGAGUCACCACUCUCUGACUACAGAAAUUCCUCCUCAUCACUGUUCUAAAAGGACUCUCUUCUUUUGUGAGGCUAUGUCCUCUGGUCUUAGACUCUCCCACCAUAGGAAACAGCAUCUCUACAUCCACUACAUCUAGGUCUUUCCCCUCACUUUCCUGAAUUCCAGUGAAUACAGGCCCUCAUAUGACAAGCCAUUCAAUUCUAGAAUCAUUUUUGUGAACAUUCUUUGAACCCUCUCCAGUUUCAGCAUGUUCUUUCUAAGAUAAGGGGUCCAAAAUGGUCCCAAUACUCCAAUUGAGGUCUCACCAGUGCUUUAUGAAGUCUCAACGUUUCAUGCCCGCUUUUAUCUUCUAGUCCUCUUGAAAUGAAUGCUAACAUUGCAUUUGCCUUCCUCACCACAAUCAGCCUGUAAAUUAACCUCCACAAGGACUCCCAAGUCCCUUUGCACCUCAGUUUUUUGUAUUUAAUCAUUUAGAAAAUAGUCAAACUUUUCAUUUCAUCUAACAAAUUACAUGACCUUACACUUCCUGACACUGUAUUCCACCUGUCAUUUAUUUGCCCAUUCUCCUUAUACGUCAAAAUAUUUUCUGUAGCUUCUACUUCCUCAAAAUUACCUAUCUCUCCACCUAUCUUCACAUUAUCUGCAAACUUUGCAACAAAGCCAUCAAUUCCAUCAUCCCAAUCACUGACAUAUGAAGUAAAAAGUAUCCGUCCCAACACAGACCACCGUGCAACACCAUUAAUCACUGGCAGACAACCAGAAAAUGCUCCUUUUAUUCCCCAUCUUUGCCUCCUGUCAGUCAGCCACUGCUUUAUCCAUGCUAAAAUCUUUCCAGUAAUACCAUGGGCUCCAUAGCUUGUUAAGCAGCCUCAUGUGUGGCACCUUGUCAAAGGCCUUCUGAAAAUCCAAGUGCCCAGCAGCAACCAAUUCUCCUUUGACUAUCCGGCUUGUUAUUUCUUCAAUGAAUUCUGAUAGUAGUUAGACAAGAUUUUUCCUUGAGGAAACCAUGCUGACUAUGGCUGAUUUUAUCAUGUGCCUCCAAGUAUCCUGAGACCUCAUCCUUAAUAAUCAACUCCAACGUCUUCCCAACCACUGCCGUCAGACUUGCUGGUCUAUGGUUUCCUUUCUUCUGUCUCUCUCCCUUCUUGAACAGUGGGGUAACACUUUCAAUUUCCAGUCUUCCAGAACCAUUCCUGAAUCUACUGAUUUUUGGAAGAACAUUACUAAAUGCCUCCUCUAUCUCCUCAGCUCUUUCAGAACUCUGGUGUACGCCAUCUAGUCCAGGUGAUUUGUCUACCUUUAGACCUUUCAGUUCCCCUAGAACAGGGGUCAGCAACGUUUACCACUGAAUGAGCCAAAAUGGACCCAUUUCCCACAGAAAAGAAAACACUGGGAGCCACAAAAUGAAAUAACACUGCAUACAACGGGUUUUUUUUUGCCUUUAUGCUAUGUAUAAACAAACUAUAAUGUGUUGCAUUUAUGAAAUUGAUGAACUCCUGCAGAGAAAACGAAAUUACAUUUCUGCAUGCAACAAAAACAUUUUGAACUCCAAAAAAAAGACGUUGGGUUGAAGGUUACUCCAUAGUUAGCCUACCUUGGAUCGAAGAAUUAAAAGAAAGCGCGCACUGGCGGGUGUCAGGCAUUGGCAGUUGUGAUGUAUAUUAAUAGCGAUAAAAAAACACGUUGUAGCGGUGUGCUACACGCAGUGCUAAAAUAAAGACUGCAGUUAAAGGUAACUUUAUUUGAACUAAACAGCCUUGCUUUAAAGCCUCCCUCAACCCGUCCCCGUGGGCGCGGAUGCUCCAAAAGACACGUACUCACAAACCCCCGUAGGCUAUCUCCCUUAGCCGGAACGGUGGCUAAUUGUGAGCCGGUUCGGAUGUGCCAGGAAAUGGUGUCUCCACAAAGUUUUCAGAUUGUACAAGAUCACCAUAAUUUUCAAAUUUCGAAUUACAUUUCAAAAGCUAACAAACCACGGGGAGCCGCAUCACAGAGAUGAAAGAGCCACAUGUGGCUCCGGAGCCGCAGGUUGCCGACCUCUGCCCUAGAAUAUUCUCUCUCAUAAUGGUAACCACACAUUUCAUGACCCCCGACAGCUGGAACUUCCAUCAUACUGCUAGCGUCUUCCACCGCGAAGUUCAUCCACCAUUUUGUUCUCCCUCAUUACUUUCUCUCUCCAGCAUCGUUUUCCUGCUGUCUGAGAUCCACUCUUGCCUCCCUUUUACACGUCAUGCGUCUGAAGAAACUUUGGGUGUCCUAGAACCAUAGAACAUUACAGCACAGGACAGGCCAGGCCCUUCAGCCCUCCAUGUUGUGCCAACCCAUAUAAUGCUUAAAAAAAAGUACUAAACCCACACUACCCCAUAACCCUCUAUUUUUCUUUCAUACAUGUGCCUGUCCAAGAGGCUCUUAAAUACCCCUAAUGUUUUACCCUCUACCACCAUCCCUGGCAAGUCAAUCCAGGCACUCACAACCCUCUGUGUAAAAAAAACUUGCCCCUGAUGUCUCCCCUAAACUUCUCUCCCUUAAUUUUGUACAUAUGCCCUCUGGUGUUCGCUGUUGUUGCCCUGGGUAACAGGUACUGACUAUCCACCCUACCUAUAACUCUCAUAAUCUUGUAGACCUCUAUCAAGUCCCCUCUCAUUCUUCUAUGCUUCAAAGAGAUAAGUCCCAGCUCUGCUAACCUUGCUUCAUAUGACUUGUUCUCCAAUCCAGGCAACGUCCUGGUAAAUCUGCUCUGCACCCUCUCCAUAGCUUCCAUAUCCUUCCUAUAAUGAGGUGACCAGAAUUGAACACAUUACUCUAAGUGCGGUCUAACCAGAGAUUUGUAGAGUUGCAACAUGACCUCUCUAAUCUCGAACUCAGUCCCCCUGUUAAUGAAGCCGAGCAACCCAUAGGCCUUCUUAACUACCCUACCAACCUGCCCAGCGACCUUGAGGGAUGUAUGGAUUUGAACCCCAAGGUCCCUUUGUUCAUCCAUACUGUUAAGUAACUGACCAUUAAUCCUGUAUUCAGUCUUCUGGUUUGUCCUUCCAAAACACAUCACCUCACACUUGUCCGGAUUGAACUCCAUUUGCCAUUUUUCUGCCCAACUCUGCAGCCUGUCUAUAUCCUCUUGUAAUCUUCGACAACCUGCAGCUCCAUCCACAACUCCUCCAAACUUCGUGUCAUCCGUAAACUUACUUACCUAUCCUUCCGCCUCUGCAUUCAGGUCAUUUAUAAAAAUCACAAAUAGCAGGGGUCCCAGGACGGAUCCCUGCGACACUCCACUAGUCACUGACCUCCAGGCAAAAUACUUUCCUUCCACAACUACCCUCUGCUUUCUUCUAUUAAGCCAAUUUUUUAUCCAAACAGCCAAGGUUCCACUUAUCCCAUAACUCAUGACUUUCCGGAUGAGUUUCUCAUGAGGGACCUUGUCAAAUGCCUUGCUAAAGUCCAUGUAGACCACAUCCACUGCCCUACCCUCAUCAAUUUCUUUUGUUACCUUUUCAAAAAACUCAAUCAGGCUUGUGAGACACGAUCUUCCCUUCACAAAGCCAAGUUGACUAUUCAUGAGUAGACUGUACUUCUCCAAAUGCUCGGAGAUCCUUUCCUUAAGAAUCCUUUCCAGUAGUUUGCAUACCACCAACGUAAGACUCACCGGUCUAUAGUUCCCAGGUUUCUCCCUAUUACCUUUUUUAAACAAGGGAACUACAUUUGCCAUUCGCCACUCCUCCAGCACUUCCCCUGCAGCCAGUGGAUUCAAAGAUCAUAGCUAAUGCUCCAGCAAUCUCUUUUCUCAAUUCCCACAACAACCUGGGGUGUAUCAUAUUCGGCCCUGGGGAUUUAUCAAUCUUGAUGUUUUUAAGAAGAUCCAGCACGUCUUCUUCCUUAAUCUCCACAUUAUCCAGCACACAGGCCUGCUCUAUUUCAACCUCACCCUGAUCAAGAUCCUUUUCACUUGUGAAUACUGAAGCAAAGUAUUCAUUUAGGACCUCCCCAACCUCCUCCGCCUCCAGGCACAUGUUGCCCUCUUUAUCCUUUAGCGGUUCCACCUUCGUUCUCAUCAUCCUCCUGUUCUUCACAUACGCAUAGAACGCCUUGGGGUUCUCCUUAAUCCUACAUGCCAAGGCCUUCUCAUGCCCCCUUCAAGCUCUCCUAAGUCCUUUCUUUAGCUCCUUCCUGGCUACCCUAUAUUUCUCACGAGCCCCUCCUACUUCCUGCUUCUUAUAUCUAACAUAAGCUUCCUUUUUCCUCUUGACGUGUCAGCCACUGUUCCCUUUUCCUACCAUUUUUUCCUUGCCUCAGUGGGACAAACCUAUCCUGAACCCAGCUCAAGUGGUCCCUAAACUUCUCCCACAUUACUUCUGUGCUUUCCCCUUUGAACAUCUGUUUCCAAUUUACUCUUGCUAGCUCCUGCCUCAUCCCUUCAAAGUUAGCCCUUCCCCAGUUAAGCACUUUACCAUUUUGUCUGAUUUUAUUCCUUUCCAUAGCUAUGCGGAAGCUAUCCAUAGCUAUCCUCUUUAAUAUUAUUGGCCAGCUUACUAUGAUAUUCCAUCUUUGCCUUAAUGACAUUCUCGUUGCCUUCUGUUGGAUUUUAAAAGCUUCCAAUUCCCACUAAUAUUGGCUCUAUUAUAUGCCAUCCCUUUAGCUUUUAUGUUGCUCUGACUUCUCUUGUUGUGUUCUCAUGGUUGUGUCAUCAUUCCUUUUGAAUACUUCUCCCUCUUUGGGACGUAUAUAUCUUGUGCCUUCUGAAUUGCUUCCAGAAAUUCCAGCUAUUGCUGCUCUGCCAUUAUCCCUACCAGUGUUCUUUUCUAAUCAAUUUUGGCUAUCUCUCUCAUGCCUCUGUAAUUCGCUUUACUCCGUGCUAAUACUGAUACAUCUGAUUUUAGCUUCUGCUUCUCAGAUUUCAGGGUGAAUUUGAGCGUUCUUUUACCUUAGGCUCUCUAAUUAAUUCUGGUUCAUUGCACAACACUCAAUUCAGAAUAGCUGAUCCUCUAGUGGGUCAGCCAUGUGUUGCUCGAAAAAGCCAUCUGGUAAGCACUCGAGAAAUUCCCCUUCCUGGAAUCCAGGAUGAAGCUGUUCCUAACAUGUCGUUUGUAGUAUUUCGGGUUCCUAUGGUGCUUUCUUGAGUCACGGGCUCUUGCUGACGUCUUCAGGUUCCAGUUCCUCUUUGUGAUGCUUUCUUUUUGUCAUGUUCAUGCAGACAGCUCAGAAGGAAUUCUGUCCUGGGGUAAUUCUAUAAUAUAUUGAUUUUAAAAGUGUAUGAUAUCUCUUCCUGUUUCACUGCAUCUGUGCCUGAAUGCAUCAGUACACAAGUUUGGAAUGAUUACUCCCCCGCGCCCGGAUACAUCGGUACACAGGUUCUGAAUGAUUACUCCCCCGCGCCCGGAUACAUCGGUACACAGGUUCUGAAUGAUUACUCCCCCGCGCCCGGAUACAUCAGUACACAGGUUCUGAAUGAGUACUCCCCCGCGCCCGGAUACAUCGGUA